AGACACCUCCGGUUCCACCGCAGCCGCCGCCGCCGCGCAUCUUGUUGUUGUGUCCGUUCGUCGCACUCGCGCGCUACACAAAAUAAAAAUAUACGUUCAAAUACGUUUCGUUGUUUACCACGCGCACACGCACGCCGAGCGGUUGUCCUCCCGUACCACUCUGCGAAUCUCUGAUAGCGGGCGGCCCGCGAAAGAGCGAGCUGAUAUACCGCGAGCGCGCGUACGUAUUAUUUUCCGGUGAUAAUAAUAAUCGCGUGUGUCGACCGCGGAUUGUACAUCGUGUCGUUCUCGCGUUGGCGUUGCGUUCAAUUCGUUUUGUCGGGGUACCCGGGUUCGACGCGGAGACUGGCAGUUUGUUGUUCGCGCGAACGGCGGACCGCCGAUCGAUAUUCCGUCGCCGCCGUUGAUGCUGCCCGGCUCAUCCGAGUGUGUGCGAUCGUCGUCCUCGUCCCCUCUGUCGUCACGUCCUGCUCCGCCGUCACUGUAAAUGGUAAUGUUCGCGAAAUGUCGCAAUCGAUAUUGUAUAUAUAUACACACACACACACACACACACACAUAUACACGUACGUGUACUAUGUUAUUGUGCGUAAAUCUAUGACCUCGGACGUGUCGAUUAUUUUGCUCUUCAUAGAUAAUAAUAUCAUAUAUAUAUAAUAUUAUUAUAAUGUCGUUGAAACAAAUUAUUUUAAUCGUUCGACGUCAUUUGUUGUCAUAAAAUUACGUACAUCAAUAUUUACAUAUAAGUAAUAAUGUAUAUAGUCUCGACGGUCGCCGUUAUGAUGCGACCGUGUCUGACUACAAUCUGUUAUUAGCUUUCAAUCGUUUUAAUAUUAACAUGUUAUUAAUCAUCGUUUACGGUUUUUUUUUUAAUUUGACAGUUAUGAAAAUAUGGUAACGUAGCGUAAGACCCUCAAUAGUCCUCAUCAUGUUUGUCACAACGGAAAUUCAUCGAGUCUGGAUAGUAUUGGCUACUGUAAUCGCAGGUAACGAUGAUUUUGUAGUAUUUAUUUUUUAUUUUAUAACAAUGUCGGUUAGGAUAUUGCCCGUUGGAAUCGUGUGCUCUUAUUACAUUAUUUUGUUAAUACAUUCACUCGCAAUCGAUUCCACAUAGUUUCAGAAUUAUAGAUACGUUAGAAAUUUGAUAGGUACCUAUACUAUAUUUUGUAGCUGUGGAUAUUAUUAAUACUUGAAUAAUACUGUUUUUAAUUCAUAAAUUAGGCAUUUGGGAAUUUUUAAUGAGUGCCUACUCAUUAAAAACAACAAGUUUAUCACUAAAAAUAUCUGAAACAAUCCAAAAUAAGUAUUUGAAUAACUUUACCAAAAUAGAAUAGAAUAGUUAAAAAUAUGAAAUACAAUACAUAAGCGAUAAAUAUAUUAUUGAAACUGCCUUAAAAAAAUAAUGGUGAAAAUGAAAUAGUUUAUGAAUCUAGAUUUUAUAGAUCUAUUAGUUAUUUGUGAUCAAAUUAAAUAAAUACUGACAUAUAUACAUGUAUAUUUAUAUAUUUCUGUUCUUUUUAGUAUGCACCUGCGUUCCAAUUUCAUGUCCACAAGAGUCAUGCUCUUUACCCGAUGGCAUAGACCAUCAGUGUAAAGAUUUAGAUGCUUAUCUUAAGUGUAUGAAAUCAUUAUCAAAAAAAUGUCGUGGUGAGAUUGGAUAUCAUUCUGCUCUCACAGUAUCAACUUCAGAAUAUAAAAAGAAAUGUAACUACGAUUCAUUCAAAAAUAAUAAUAGUGAUCAUUAUAACCAGUCAAUGAUAUCUCAUAACGAGAAUGAAUGUCCAUUGUCAUUCGACGAUAAAAAGGAACAUAAGUUUUGUGGUUUAUUUGGUGAUCCUCAUUUAAGGACAUUUGAUGGCAAGUAUCAAACUUGCUUGAUUCGUGGAGCGUGGCAAGUGGUAGAGAAUUUAUUUUUUGGAAUUAUGGUAACCAAUGAUGCUAUUUUGAAUAGUGACUCAGCAACCGCUCCAACAAAGGUAUUUAAUUAAUUUCAAAAACGCUAAAAAACUUAUUUUUAAUUACAGCAAUGUAAUAUUUUCAGUUAACAGUCAUAUUAAAAGAACACCCAAAGUGUACUCAUCAAAAACUUUAUGAAGCUCAAGGUGAUAUUCAUUUGCCAGGUGCAUUUGGAGAUGGCACCACUUCAUCUGGACCAGCUUCAUCACCAAGUGUUUCUCUUUCCUGGAGAUCCAAUGAUCCCUCCAGUGAGACUGUGAUUAUAAGGUUAUCGUACAUUUCUACGAUAAUAACUGUAACCCGUGUUGGCAAAUAUCUAUCCAUUUCUACAAAAUUACCCAAUCAGCUAGCACAACCAUCUAAUCCAAGCAAUGACAAAAAUGAAUUAUGUUCUUCUGGCUGUCCUGUUUCUGAACAGAUAGACAUUGAACAAGUUCCGCGUAAUGAAUUGGAUCGCAUGUUAACUUUAUGUCAUAAUAGCAUUGGGCCUAUGGGGCACAAGCUGACUGAUCAGUAUUUAGAUUGGUGCAUUUAUGACAUGAUGACUUCUCGUGACGAACAAUUCAUAAAUGCUUCACACGCAGCAUACUCAGAUGUUUUAUUUUUUGAACCUCGUUCACUGUUUAACAGAACAGUUAGUAUAUUUGAGUUCAAUCCUAAAUCAACAGAUGACAUUAACCCCAAAUCAACAGCUGAUGCUAGUUGUAUACAUAGAUUGAAUUUAUCUGUUGUAAUUGUCAUUGCAAUGUUCCUAAUAUCAUAGUUUAAGAAUUUAUUAUUCUUCCACUCCUGAAAAAAAAAUUGUAUUUCAAUAUAAUUUAUUGUAGAUUUUAAGUUUUCUCUCAAUAUUUUUCAAAUAAAAUAAUUUUUUGUAUAUACUUAUUUUAAGGUUAAGACAAUUGGUUGAAUAACUUCAUUUAAAUUUUCAUUUUAUACAUAGAGAUUUACAUUUUAUGUUUUGCACUAGUUUUUUUGUAAAUGUUUCCAUAAAAUACAUUUUUUUCUUAAUUUUGAUAGGAACAAGAAAUUAAUUUUAUGCAUAUUAUUUUUUUUUGAUAUUAGUUCACCAUUUAUUUUAAACAAAUUAUUUCAGUCAACUGUAUUAAAACCAUGAUCUUAAAAUGUUUAUAAAGUAGUUAAUAUUUAUAUUAAAAAGUUCAUUUUUAAUAUUGUUUACAUUUUAUCUGGAAAAAUGAUUGUAAUAAUAUAAUUAUUAUUUUAGUUAAUAUUCUAAGGUGUUCAAACUAAUUGUGUGUUUCAGUAAAUGUUACCCAUCAGUGAUGCUGAACUAUAAUAUCUGUGAAUUUAAACGGGUUGGUGAGAUAGAAAUUGUAUUUUUGAUGGAUAAUAUGGUCUUUAUUAUAAUUUAGCCCAGUUGCUAUUAAUAAACUAUUCAUAAAUACACUAAGUUUGUGGGUUAGACUUUUUUGUGUAUGUCUUAACAACCCAUUUUAAAUCAAGCUCAGCACCACUGGUUACCACCGAACUAUUUUAUAAAUCACUGUAAAAAGAAAACAAUCAUAGGUAACCGUAAAUAUAAUUUAUUUAGUACAAUAUGUCUGAUCCUAGUCUGAAUCUUGUGAUUUUAUUUAUAUGUAAUUUUAAUUUAUUAAUAAGUAUAUUUAUUAUUUAUUGUGUUUAGUUUUUGUAGGUGUUUCAGUACAUUUUUGUGGGUGACGUGAUUAUAGGCCAAUAGUAUGUCAAUUAUUUUUUUACAUUAUGCUCAUUGCUCAUAUAUUAUAUUAAUAUUAUGUACUUUUUUACAAAUAUUAUAAUCAUAGGUAAAUUAUCCAUAUACAUAUAGUACUUACCUGUGAACAAAAUUUGGUGACAUUUUUUUAUGAAUCAAUCAUGAUUAUGCAUAUUAUUUUAUAAAUAUUUUAUAUGUAUUAUAGUGGUAAUGCAUACAGUAUUAUUAUAUUUAUUAUUAUUAUGUAUUUGUAACAGUAUUUUGAUUAAUACAGAAAAUACUGCCAAAUAUUAAGAUAAUUAAUUUUAUGUAUUAUUAUUAUUUUUUUAGUUUUAUAAAUAAGUUGAUCUUUUAUUAUGAACAAAUCUCGUAUGUAACAAAAAUAUAUUUAUUUUUAUAUUAAUUAUAUCUUAGUGAUUAAUUAUAUUUAUGUAUAAAUGCAUAGUAAAAUGCCAGUUAUGUGGUCAAUAAUUUCUUUUUUCUUUUAACCCUGCAUAGGAUUGCCUUAAUAAGACUUGUAGUCGUGUGGAUUACCGUUGUAAUCCAAUUUGUAUGGGUUUUAUAUGUAUAUAUUGACAAUUAUAAUUCCAAUUAUAUACUAAGUACACAUUGAGAUAAAGAGAAAUAUUUUAUUUUUAUUUUUCACAUCAGAAUAUCAAUUUAUACUUAAAUGUUAUUAAAUGUUUAUUAUAUUUCUUUACAAACAUAUUAAUAUAUUAGUAUUUUAUGUAUACCUUACCCCUCAAUAUUAAAAAUUACAAAAAAAAGAGCACUUUAUAAUUUUUUACAUGUUAAAUCUUUAAAUCAUUUAAAAACAAAAUAUAUUUUGAUUCUUAUAUAGUUGAUUCUUCACUCUGUUGUUGAUCAUAACACUCAAUACAAAUAUAUUUCAAAUGAUCUUGGCAUAUCCAUUUGAAACAACGUUUACAUGAUCUCCUUGUACUUUUGUUACUUGCUCUUCCACACAAAUAAUAUCGACCGAUUCCCUUAGGACGUUCACACAAACGAGGUUAAUUUUCAACGAGGCCUAAUAUUUUUACACCACGACAUAUACUUAUGAGUUUUGGUAAUUUUAAAUUUUGAAUACGCUUUUCAAUAUUCGGUUUCAUUAACUCUAAAGCUUAGGUUUCC